GCCCAGCCCCAGCCGAGCCCCGGGGCGAGGCGGUGCCGGUGCCCGGUCCCGGUGCCCAUUCCCGCCGCCCGGCAGCGGGUCCCGGUCGCUGGUAUCCAGCCCCGGUGCCCGGUAGCUGAUCCCGGUGCCCAUUCCCGGUGGCCGAUCCGCAGCUCCCGGUAGCGGGGCUGGGGGCUCGGUAGCUGGUUCCGUUGCUCGGUAGCCGAUCCCGGGGCUCGGUAGCGGAUCCUGGUGCCCAGCCCCGGUACCGGUAGCGGGUCCCGGUGCCGCUCUGACAUCAGCGCCGGAGAGGGGGGCUCCGACCGGGGAAGAAAAGCGGCGGGAGCGGGGCAGGGACCCGCCGGGGCCGGUGUCGGGGCCGGGGCGCGGCGGGCUCGGGGCCGCCAUGGGCCGGGCCGGGCGCUGACCCCCCCCCUCGCCGGUACCCAGCAUCCCCCGGUGGUGCCGGCGGGGCGGGCGCUGUUCCCCCUCCCCGGUACCGGGCUCGGUGCCGCCGCCCGGGAGGCUCCGCCGGGACCCGCCGGGACCCGCCCCCCGGGCAGCGCUGCCCCCGCCCCGCCGCGCCCCGUCCCCGGCGCCGAGCCGAGCCCCGGGGCCGCCUCGUCCCUUUGUGUGCGCCGCGACCGGGCACCGGGCACCGGCGGGAGCGAUCCCGGGAGCCGCAGCGAGCGCCCCGGGGCCCGGCCCCCCCCCGGCGGCCCCAUGAAGGAGCCCGACGCCAUCAAACUCUUCGUGGGGCAGAUCCCGCGGCACCUGGAGGAGAAGGACCUGAAACCCAUCUUCGAGCAGUUCGGGAAGAUCUACGAGCUGACCGUCAUCAAGGACAAGUACACCGGGAUGCACAAAGGAUGCGCUUUCCUGACCUACUGUGCCCGCGAGUCGGCCCUGAAGGCGCAGAGUGCUCUGCACGAGCAGAAAACCCUCCCGGGGAUGAACCGGCCCAUCCAGGUGAAGCCGGCGGACAGUGAGAGCCGAGGAGAGGACCGCAAGCUCUUCGUGGGGAUGCUGAGCAAGCAGCAGGCGGAUGAGGACGUGCGCAAGAUGUUCGAGCCCUUCGGCACCAUCGACGAGUGCACGGUGCUGCGCGGCCCCGACGGCACCAGCAAAGGCUGCGCCUUCGUCAAGUUCCAGAGUCAUGCGGAGGCUCAGGCCGCCAUCGCCGCGCUGCACGGGAGCCGCACCCUGCCGGGCGCCUCCUCCAGCCUGGUGGUGAAGUUUGCGGACACGGAGAAGGAGCGGGGCCUGCGGCGGAUGCAGCAGGUCGCCAGCCAACUGGGCAUGUUCAGCCCCAUUGCCCUCCAGUUCGGGGCCUACAGCGCCUACACGCAGGCGCUGAUGCAGCAGCAGGCGGCCCUGGUGGCUGCCCACUCGGCCUACCUCAGCCCCAUGGCCACCAUGGCCGUCCAGAUGCAGCACAUGGGCACAGUCAACCCCAACGGGCUCAUCGCCACCCCCCUGCCCCCCUCCUCAGGCCGCGGUGUCCCCGCAGGAACCAGCACGCCGCCGGCCAUGGCCGCCACCCCGGUCCCCGCCAUCGCGGCCCCGCUCAGCGUCAACGGCUACAGCCCGGUGCCGGCGCAGCCCGCGGGGCCCCCGGCGCCCGAGGCCGUGUUCGCCGGGGGGGUCCCCCCCUUCCCAGCCCAGAGCCCCGCGGCCCCCGGAGACCCCCUGCAGCAGGCGUACGCCGGCAUGCAGCACUACACAGCCGCCUACCCGGCAGCCUAUGGGCUGGUGAGCCCGGCCUUUGCCCCCCCGGGACCCCUGCUCGCCCCCCCGCCCCCCCCACAGCAGCAGCAGCGAGAAGGCCCCGAGGGCUGUAACAUCUUCAUCUACCACCUGCCCCAGGAGUUCGCCGACACCGAGAUCCUGCAGAUGUUCCUGCCCUUCGGAAACGUCAUCUCCGCCAAGGUCUUCGUGGACCGCGCCACCAACCAGAGCAAGUGCUUCGGCUUCGUGAGCUUUGACAACCCAGCGAGCGCCCAGGCCGCCAUCCAGGCCAUGAACGGCUUCCAGAUCGGAAUGAAGCGCCUCAAGGUGCAGCUCAAGAGGCCCAAAGAUGCCAACCGGCCGUACUGAGCCUGGUCCGGAGGCUCUGGAGCAGCACCUUUGGGUGCCUCCCUAUUGCAGAGCAGUCCCCGUCCCCCCCCCGACUGGUGCCCGCAGGGGGCUCGGUCCUGCUGGGGGGGGGGACACAGACCCCCACACGCUCAGGAAGGAUGGACCCCCCCUCCAGGACCGAUCUGGACCCCCCAGUCCAGGCAGGGCUGGGUGGGCCUGGGUGCCAGCACCCCCCAGCACCAGGGUCCAACCUGCCCUGGGGGGGCACCCACCCUCUCCCCCCUCCCCGAGGACCCCCUGCUCCCCACAGGGCCCUGCCCCCCCCCCCCCACGGGGGGACCCUGCUUGGAGCUUUUCUCUCACCAAACAGGACCAAAACCAGCUCCAGGCUGGGGAAGAGGGGUCCUGCCGGGGGCGGGGGGGACACACACGCUGCGAUUGGGGGGUCUCAGCCCUGGCACCAGCUCUGGCACCUUCCCAGGGUCUGGGGGGGCCGUGCCGGGGCGCAGCGGGACCCCCCAGCACACACACACACACACAAACACAUACACACUCACUCACUGCCACCCCGCUUCACCCCUCAACCCCCCCCCCAAACCUGCCUCAGUUUCCCCCCUCACAACCUCGCCGAUGGGCACGGCCACGGCCGCGGGGUGCUGGACGCUGCAUGGACACGGAGCAGCCAAAUCCGGGAGGCUUCGCCACCGGGAGGCUCCGGCACCGGGAGGCUCCGGCAUUGGGAGGCUCCGGCACCGGGAUGCUCCGGCACCGGGAUGCUCGGGCACUGGGAUGCUCCAGUACGUGGCCAAGCUGACGCCGCGCCGGUGCCGGAUGGACGCGGAGCGGCCGGAGCCGGGAUCUGCCGGGCGCGAACCAGCCAAACCCGGGAGCCGGGCACAGCCGGCGCCGGGCACCGGGAGCACGGAGCAGCCGGAGGCCGCUGGAUGGACACGGGGGGGGGGACUCGAGGCCUCUGGCUCUGCCCGGACCCGCAGCGGCCAAACCCGGGGUGCGCCGGGCACCCACCAGCCAAAACGGGGCCGCGUCCGGCACCGUCCAGCCCCCAGCAGCUCCCAGCCGGGGCCGGUGCCCCCCGGCGCCCCCAGCCCCACGUUUACACCCGCUGCUCCCCGCUGUAAAUAAGGGGUUGGGGGGCGCGGGGGCCUCUGUCUCUUCCCCCCCUUUUGGGGGGUUUGGUACCUGCUGAGUUGGUUUCGGGGUGGGUCGGGGUGGGGGGCGCGGGGCCGUUAGCGGGGGGGGGGGAACGGGACCCCCGGGAGGUGACGUCUGCGGCCGAGCCGCCGCCGCUUUAACUUAUUUGCUAUUUAUUGCGGUUCCUUUGGAUAAUUUAAUUUUUUCUCUUUUAUUUUUUCCUCUUUUUUUUUUUCCUUUUUUUUUUUUUUCUGUCGAAAUAAAAUAAGUUAAAAAACCAAAAUAACGCUCAAAGGCGCCUCUGACCCCUCCCCCUUCCCGCCCCCCCCCCCCCGGAACCUCCCCGCCCCCCCGCGGCCGCAGGGCCCGGCGGCUUCAUCAAUAAAUCAAUUUAUUUAAAAG